UACUAAUAGAGCGCCCUCUACAGGUUAUUUUACGAGAAUGGCAGAAUCUCUGAACUCAGGCGCUUCGAAUACCGAGGAAACUGAAGAUACUCAGGACUUUGAUGGGCAGGAAGCUGAUCAAGAUAUUCCAGUCGAGAGUGCUGAUAAGAGAAAGAGAUUCUUCAACAAAGAGUUGAGAUGUAUGAUGUAUGGAUUUGGAGAUGAUCAGAAUCCGUAUGCUGAGACCGUAGAUCUACUCGAAGAUUUGGUACUGGAUUUCAUUACAGAUACAACCCUUAAGGCCACCCACGUCGGCAGGCAAGGCAGAGUUCAGGUAGAGGAUAUCAUCUUCCUGAUCAGAAAGGACCCUCGCAAGUACUCCAGGAUCAAGCAGCUUCUACUUAUGAAUGAGGAACUCAAGAAAGCAAGGAAGGCUUUUGACGAAGCCAAUUACUAGCCCAGAGGCAUUGUUUGUUAAUCAGGGUCAGUAGGGGACAUCGAUGCUUCAAAGGAAAUUCCACUACUUCAAGAGACUUGACAUUGACAAAGUACAUCAGUAUCCAUCGUUUGAUUCUUGGUGAAUUCACAGUAUUCUGAAUCAAGUGUAGAAUUACUUAGUGAGUCAUUAGGUUAGAUUUCUGACAAUUCAAUAUUU